UUUGCGGUAUUCCGACAGCACGGGCACUCUAAUUGCAGCCACAGCUGUUUCUGUGUUAUUUAACGUGUUUUAUUUAUUUUAUAGUGGGCAAAACGUAGUGUUACGUUUAAUUAAAAACGAAAUAGGGACACAUAAAGUUGCACAAAAUGUUCUCGCUUCGUGCAGCGCUGCCCCGUGGCAAAAAUUUUGCUGUGGCCUUUGGAAAUGCUGCACGCCACAUUCCCCUUGCGCCGAGCUGCAGGUUCGGCGGAUCCGCGUGGACAUCAGUGCCGCUCCAGCAAGAGAAACAAUAUAAGCAACAGAAUCUACAGUGCAGACGGCUGGCGGAUCAGGCUGCCGGAAAGGGCGCUGAGACCGAACUGCAGCGAGUCUACUACGGCACGCUGGCUCCCCGCAUGAAAUUGGUCAAGUUCUUCUCGCUGAGCACAAGCCUAGCCGGCAUUGCCGCACAGCCCAUUCUGCUGGAGCAGGGCAUGAAGAUUGGCGGCACCGGCAUGGCUGUGUUCCUCUGCACCAUUGGCGGCUUCUUCACGUUCGUGACGCCGCUGCUGCUGCAUUUUAUCACGAAGAAAUAUGUUACCGAGCUGCAUUACAACCCCGCUACCGAGGAGUAUACCGCCACAACGAUUUCGCUCCUGCUGCAAAAAAUCAAGACGAAAUUCCGGCCCGGCGACGUGACUGUACCUGAAGUGCCUGGCAUGUUCACCUCGUUUCUGGUCAACAAGCGGCCUCUAUUCAUUGACCCGGCACUGUUCGAGGAUCCCGAGCACUAUGUGCGGAUCAUGGGCUACGACAAGCCCAUCGACUUUAAGCUGGAUCAGAGUCCCGGCUCCGAGAAGCAGACGAAGAGCCAAAAACAGUAAUAAAACCGAUUAUCCUUUUAUAGUUUUAUUACAGAUUUGAGAAAAAACAAAAAAAAACAAAAAUGCUUCAGUGCGUGGCAGGUAUAUACUGCGAAAUUCUCAAAAAAAAGUA